UAGGUUUAAAUAUAUAUACAAAAUUAAUUAUUUUUUCAGAGAUCUAAAGUCCUAACUUUACUAAUUUUGUACUUGGGUCGGCGUCAUGCGUUGUGUGUAUGAGUAUAGUAAAUUUAAGAAUAUGGAAUUCAAUUGCUAUUAGGCUAAAUUACAAACUAUAUAUUUCUUUAGGUUUUUUACUUCUUCUUCUUGGAUAAUUUAAGUAAUACCUUAUUUACAUCAUUAACUUUUAAAAAAUUUGAAAUAUUAUGUAACCUAACCUUUUUUAUUUCUCUCUCUCUUUAGACACAAUUUUCUCUCCCGGUUGAUUAAAAAGAACUAAAAUAUUUGAUAGACAUUCAUUUAGUUAUUAUACAUUUUGAGAGAAAAACAAAUAAAGAUAAAGAUUGUGAUAUAUUAGUAGAAAGAAAGAUAGAAAAAAAAAUGAAUAGUGAUUCCUCUAAAAAGAAAGUGUAUAUAUUAUAUAACGUGUCGGAAUUUUGUGUCUCUUGAUUUAUUUAUAAGCUCGUGGAUAGCGUGGUGCGCAUAUCUAAUCGAAAUAAUAUAAAAGUAUCCCAUGCAAAACGCGACUUGCAAAGACUAUAUAAUCAAUCACUUGAUUCAUUUUUAUAUAAACAAAAAAAACUUCAUCAAAUUGUUCACCAAACUCAGCAUGGGUAACGAGAACAACGAUCUUCACAUAAUCUUGUUUCCCUUUUUAGCCAACGGCCACAUCAUACCAUGCAUAGACCUUGCAAGACUCUUCUUUUCAAGAGGACUCAAAGUCACCAUCAUCACAACCCAUCUCAACGUACCCCUCAUUUCAAGAACCAUUGGGAAAUCCAAAAUCAACAUCAAAACCAUUCAAUUUCCUUCACCUCAACACACUGGUUUACCUGAAGGUUGCGAAAAUUCUGAGUCAGCAUUAGCUCCAGACAAGUUCAUCAAAUUCAUGAAAGCCACAAUACUUCUAAGGGAACCACUUGAACAUGUUUUACAACAAGAACAACCCAAUUGUUUAGUUUCCGACAUGUUCUUUCCUUGGUCUACUGAUUCUGCAGCAAAAUUCAACAUUCCUAGAAUCGUUUUUCAUGGUUUGGGUUUUUUCCCUCUCUGUGUUUUGGCUUGUAUAAGACAGUACAAGCCUCAAGAAAAAGUUUCAUCUUACACAGAACCUUUUCUGGUUCCUAAUCUUCCAGGUGAAAUAACAUUGACGAAGAUGCAGUUACCGCAAGUUCCUCAGCAUGAUAAAGUUUUCGCUCAGUUGUUAGAAGAGUCUAAUGAAUCAGAGUUGAAAAGCUAUGGUGUUAUUGCAAACAGUUUCUAUGAACUUGAACCUGUUUAUGCUGAUCAUUAUAGAAACGAGCUUGGAAGAAAAGCUUGGCAUUUGGGACCAGUUUCUUUAUGUAACAGAGAAACUGAAGAAAAAGCAUGCAGAGGAAGAGAAUCAUCGAUCGACGAACACGAGUGUUUAAAAUGGCUUCAAUCUAAGCAACCCAAUUCAGUUGUUUAUGUUUGUUUCGGUAGCAUGACAGUUUUCGGGGACGCUCAGCUUAAGGAAAUUGCAAUGGGUCUUGAAGCUUCUGAGGUUCCAUUCAUAUGGGUUGUGAAGAAAGGAGCGAAAAGCGAAGGCGAAAAAUCGGAGUGGUUACCAGAAGGGUUUGAGGAAAGAAUAAAAGGUAAAGGUUUAAUCAUAAGAGGUUGGGCACCACAAGUGAUGAUUUUGGAUCAUGAAUGUGUUGGUGGGUUUGUGACACAUUGUGGUUGGAAUUCAACAUUGGAAGGUGUUUGUGGAGGGUGUUCAAUGGUGACUUGGCCUAUGUAUGGAGAACAAUUUUACAAUGCAAAGUUUUUGAGUGAUGUGGUUAAGAUUGGUGUUGGUGUUGGAGUGCAAACGUGGAUUGGAAUGGGUGGUGGUGAGGUUGUUAAGAAAGAUGUUAUAGAGAAGGCUGUGAAAAGGAUUAUGGUUGGUGAUGAAGCAGAGGAAAUGAGAAACAGAGCAAAGGAAUUUGGGAACAUGGCAAAACGAGCUGUGGAAGUUGGUGGAUCGUCUUAUAAUGAUUUUAACUCUUUGAUUCAAGAUUUAAGGUCACGUGCACACUAAUAUAAAUAUGUUUCUAUGUACUGAUUUAGUAUGUUUUGUUCAUCGUGGUUUUCUUUGACCGGGUCACACAUAUCCUCAAUGAAUUUUGAAUAAACAUGGAGACUAGUUUCACAUAUUUACGAAUCAUUUUAAUAGGUAUCAUUGUUCAUCAUGGUUUUCGUUUAGACAUCUCAUUGUAGUCUUAAAA